CACCCACAGGAAUGUGGGGUUGGUGAGCUCAUACAUCCCAUAUCGGCCUGGUACCAGCAAUAUGCAGCCACAGGAGAAGGAGGGGUCCGAAACCUCGUACAUGUAGAGGGGUGUCUUGUUAUAAAGUGCCGGAAUACCGCCUCGUCAACACACUUUGGUCAACACUAGCCCCGAGACAUACAUCCGCGAAGCAAGUAAGCAGCAAGACAGUCACCCAUCCCUCCUAUCACCAUGGCAGACCAACGACCCCGCCGCGGAUCCAUGAUCGAUAUCGCAGAGCAACGACAGAACCUCGCUUCUCUCGAUUCCUCCAUCAUGGACCGGCUCCCCGGCUACUCGGCCACGCUCUUCGACGCCAAGACCCAGAAGCGGCUGACCUUCGAGGCCAUCGCCGAGCACCUGGGCCGCAGCGAGGUGGCCGUGGCCGCCAUCUUCUACGGGCAGGCGCGCGCCUCCCCCGAGGACGCCGACAAGCUGAGCCGCCUGCUCGGCCUCUCGGCCGAGUCCACCGUCGCCGCCCAGAUGACCGGCUUCCCUGACCGCGGCCGCGCCGGGCCCAUGCCGCCGGUUGAGCCGUUGAUUUAUAGGCUGUACGAGAUUGUGCAGAAUUAUGGGUAUGCGUUCAAGGCGGUCAUGAAUGAGAAGUUUGGGGAUGGGAUUAUGAGUGCGAUUUGCUUUAAUAGCAAGGUCGAGAAGGAAGUGGAUGAGACUGGCGCCGCGUGGGUGGUGAUUACGCUCAAGGGAAAGUGGCUCCCUUUCACUCGGUUCUAGAUUCCCACUCGGGAGCAUCGAUAUUCGGGUGAUUGGCGAAAGUGCCGUCUAAUUGCUUUCAACGGGCCAUUCACGGGCCCGAGUGGAAUGGGGGCUCGACGAGGUAGCCGUUUCGAGGUGCUUAUGUCCGAACGGCAAACACCAAUUACCUUUUUUUUCUUUCAGAAUAUGAGUAUGGGAUAGGGCUAGUCGAACUUUGACGGUUGAUGUCGCCUCAGCGGAUUUGAUGUUCUUUGCGGGCCGGGGUUGCACAUGACAAACAAGGGCCGGGGUCAACAAUACUAAGGGGUUCAGGGGGGAACAAUAGUAAGCCCCAC